UGUAGUAGGCCGUUAGAUACACUCCUAAAAUGAAAACUAUGAGAAGUUUAUUUUACUUACGUUGGCCAACCUAAAUUUUAGAAGUAUUUCAGUAACGCAUCCACCUAUCGCACAAUGUUCCCAGGUCGGGUUCUCAUCGGAUUCCCGAUAUUCGAGGGCAAGGCGCGGCUCCAGCAGAGGCGACGAAUGUCGGAGCACAGGCUCCCAUUGCAUCGCAGGCCAGUGCCCGUGGAGCUCCAGGAGCGUAAGAGUUCGUGGACCGAUCUGAAGAGGCCGCCCUUCCUGCUGGUCAAGAGCUUCCUGAACUUGCGCCACAUGGACGCCGACUACGGGAGGGAUAUCAUGCGAGUUACGGACGAGCUAAGUUUCCAGCCCCACCGCACCCUCUUCAUCAAUAUCCUGCGAAUGCCGCAUCGUCCGUUCUCGGACACGGAGCGAUUCGCGGACAUGGCAGAUGCGGAUCCGCUGGCUUUGGACCCGGGUUCAAAGCCGUGAGUGUGGGUGAUAGCGUUUAAGUGGAAGAGCAUGUUUUAAGUAUUUUAUAAUGAACG